GUGGCAGGCGAGGCAGGGCGCGGGUGUGUGGUGGCUGCUGGCGCCUCUCUGUGCUCUCGUGGUCACGCACCUACUCUCACCCUCCGUGUCUUCCGGUGACCUGUCUUUCUGGUGUCCGUGACUGCCGGUGGCCUCCCACUCUCGCGUCCGUGACUAGUGGACGCAAGUCAUGACUGUCUGCCUCCCUUGUGUACGUGACUGUCUCUGGCCCGCCUCUCUCGUGGUCGUGACUGGUGCGUGCCUGCCUGUCUGACCCGUGGCUCCGUGUCAGUGACGUUGUAAUCAACAGUUCAUCCGCGCGUCGAAAACUCUCGACUGUGUCGUGAUUUCAGCAUGAAAUAGUUGUCAAAAAUCUGUGUAUUUCUUAGCGAUGGUAAAAAAAGUGACGAGUGAUACGUUACUGACCAAAAUGAUGACGCGGAGACCAAAGAUAUGUUACAACAUAGCUCAUCGUCAUCAUGAAACACAGCACGAAAUAUAGAACAACGGAACAAUAAAUCGAAAUAUUAUUUUUUGUGUGGAAAGUACCCCUAGAGGCGGAGUAAGGUCCCCCCUAAGGGGCGGAGUGAGGUGGCCCCAGGGGCGGAGUGAGGUGGCCCCAGGGGUGGAGUGAGGUAGCCCCAGGGGCGGAGUGAGGUGGCCCCAGGGGCGGAGUGAGGUAGCCCCAGAGGUGGAGUAAGGUACCCCCAGGGGCGGAGUGAGGUACCCCCAGGGGCGGAGUGAGGUACCCCCAGGGGCGGAGUGAGGUGGCCCAAGGAGCGGAGUGAGGUAGCCCCAGAGGUGGAGUAAGGUACCCCCAGGGGCGGAGUGAGGUGGCCCAAGGAGCGGAGUGAGGUAGCCCCAGAAGUGGAGUAAGGUACCCCCAGGGGCGGAGUGAGGUAGCCCCAGGGGCGGAGUGAGGUAGCCCCAGGGGCGGAGUGAGGUGGUCAGGGACCUCAGAAGUGCCCGUCACGAUGCGGGAGGAGGAAGGGCAGUGCGUCAACUGCGGUUACUACCUGAAGAACAUCGUCAAGUUCCUCAUCAGCCACAUAGGCCUGGUCUCCCUGGUCAUAGGCUACACCAUCGUCGGAGCCUUCACCUUCGAGAGGUUCGAGGCUCCCCACGAGCUCGAGGUGAAGAAGAACAUGUCGUCCGUCAGACUGAAGGUGACGGACGACCUGUGGAGCAUCACGGACCGCAUGCCCGUCCUUAACGAGACCAAGUGGGCCAAUUCGGUCCGCGAACGACUCGUCACUUUCGAGAAGUCCCUCAUCCGGGCCAUCAAAAACGACGGCUGGGAUGGGGACGAGGACCUACACACCCAGCAGUGGACCUUCGCGGGGGCCCUCUUCUACUCCAUCAUCCUCAUCACCACCAUCGGGUACGGCCACAUCGCACCCAAGACUGACUGGGGCAAAGUUGUGACCAUCAUCUACGCCAUUCCGGGGGUCCCGCUGAUGAUGCUAUGUCUGGCUAACAUCGGCGACGGGAUGGCCCACUCCUUUAGGUUCCUCUACUGGAAGGUGUGUUGCUACGCCUGUACCAAGAGACCCAAGAAGAAGAGGCGAGGCAGAUCCAUGCGCGGCUCCAGAAGGUACCCCAGUCAGCCCAGCGGCAGCACUCGGGUCAGACCCUCCUCCUUCAGGAGGUCUAAUAGGGCCUCCGAGAAGUCAGCAGACUCACACCUCAGCGACUCAGCCUUCUACACCUCCUCCUACUCUGACCCGGAGUACAAGAUAGACGACGACAUAGUUGAAGCAGACAUGCGCGGACUACAGAGCAACAGACCGUCUGAGCGCAGCCACGUCACCAGGUCCUCCCAGAACUCCAAAGGUUCAGACCAUCUCACGCCGCCGCCCAAAGAGGACGAGGGGCGGGUGUCGGUGUUGUUCAACAAGUACGCCCUGGAGAAGGAGGACCUGGCGCCCGGGGACGCCCACAGACCCGCCCUGCGGGACCACGAGCGUGACGGCGACAUGAGACAGGACGGGACCCGACGAGGACGACGCGAGGAGGAGGUGGAGCUGGCCGUCACCCACCAGCCCAGGGGCCACCGAGGGGGCCCUAACACAGGCUACUCCGACUCCCCCACGAUGCCACGGUCUCCCCGGACCUCUGACAGGUACUCCCGGCACUUACCAUCACCACCUGAUCCUAGGGGUCGUCUCUCCCGUCUAGAUGAAGAGUACUACUACGACGACUACGGUGAUAGGUACGACGAUGACGACGAGGAAGACGACAUAAUUGGAGACAGGCCUGUGCCUAUAUGGCUAGGCUUGAUGCUGGUGCUGGCUUACAUCUUGGGUGGAGCGUUCCUUUUUGCUAGCUGGGAGAAAUGGCGCUUCCUUGACUCUUUCUACUUCUGUUUCAUCACUCUGACAACAAUAGGAUUCGGUGAUUUUGUUCCUGCCCAGGGAGUCAAGGAGGACCAGGAACUGAGCAUCGCUUUGUGUUCCAUAUAUCUCUUGUUUGGCAUCGCUCUACUGGCUAUGAGUUUCAACUUAGUCCAAGAAGAAGUUAUUAGUUACGUUAAGAACAUAGCUAAGAGGCUGGGGAUCCUGAAGGAUGAGGAAGGAGACGAUGAUGUGGAUUGAAGAGAGAGUCCUGAAGGAGCAUAACAGUCACUCAAGAUGGCAGCAGGAGCGAGAUGGUGGAGAUGAUGAUGCAUCAAACACCGUAAUUUUAAAUACAAAUGUGUGAUUUUUUUAAUAUUAUUUGGUACUGAAGUAUGAUGCCUAUUGUCUACUUUGGCAGACUAUUAUGCACAAGCAAUGAGAAUAACUGUUGUAGCCAGGAAGACCUGAGAACUACGACUGUAUACCGUGAACCCAAUUUAUGACAUAAAUGCUCAGCGAACAGAUCGCGAUAUACAAUAUUGCUGAACAAACCAUAUUCAGGAUAUAUGAAGUUUGAAUCUGUAUUAAAAAGCAAAAAAUUAAAACAAGUGUCAUGCAACUUAAUAAAAAUUAAAUAUCAUUAAUAUUGGUCUCUGGAUUUGCAUAAAUGACUGUCUUAUAAUACCAAUUAUAUUACUUAAAAUAUUAAUUAUACACUGUACUGACAAUGCACUGACUCGCAUUAAUAAACAUUUUGUACAGAAAGAUCAUUUCCUUUACUGAAUGAAAAUAUGACAGUUAACACACGAACCUGUAAUAGGCUUCUGGCGACGACACUCCACGAAGAAUAAAUAAA